AUGGUAGCCAAUAUCGGAGGGCUCGCCGCCCGUGCAGUCUUCUUCAUGUCUGUUCGUCCUGUUGUUCAAAGGGCAGACGUCACAACUUACACCAACAAUGCCGCCGACGCCAUCCGGACCCUUCAGACCUCAUGGUACGAUGUUGGCUCGGGUCUCUGGGACAAUACAUGGUGGAACAGCGCCAAUGCCUUCACAACCCUCGCCGACUUUGCUCUCCUGAACCGCGAUGUCGCCAACCAGCUCAACAUUGGAGGCAUCCUCAGAAACACAUUCAACCAAGCCCAGAAGGCCACGGCGACGGCCGCCAAGACAAUUAACGCGGCUGGUCUUGUCACCACCUCCUAUGCCAUCACCAAGCGCGAAAACCACCUGCCCCUCGAGGCCCGCCAGUUCAGCGCUCAGGGCUUCCCCAAUUUUAUCAACGAGUUUUAUGACGACGAAGGCUGGUGGGCGCUCGGCCUGAUCCGCGCCUAUGACAUUACCAGAGACCAAGAUUACCUCAACAUGGCCGUGCGUAUCUUCGCCGACAUGCAGACCGGCGGCAACACCAACUGUCAAGGCGGCAUCUACUGGAGCAAGGACCGUCAGUACGUGAAUGCGAUCGCCAACGAGCUCUACCUUAGCGUCGCCGCCUCGCUCGCCAACCGCAUCCCCAAUGACAAGGCCAACUACCUCAACAUCGCGACGGCUCAAUGGAACUGGUUCAAGGCCAGCGGCAUGAUCAACGCCAAGGGUACCAUCAACGAUGGUCUGGACAGCACCUGCAAGAACAACGGUGCCAACGUGUGGUCGUACAAUCAAGGCGUCGUCCUCGGCGGCCUCGUCGAGCUCAGCCAGGCCUCCGGCGACAAGUCGGUCCUGACAGACGCUACCAACAUUGCCGAGGCUGCUAUCAAGCAACUGGCCGAUAGCAAUGGCAUCCUCCAUGACACGUGCGAGCCCAACUGCGGCUCCGACGGAAACCAAUUCAAGGGCGUCUUUGUUCGCAACCUUCGGUACCUGCAGGCCGUGGCGCCUCGGGACGACUUCAAAACAUUCCUCCUCAACAACGCUGACAGCAACUGGUCCACGAACCGUGAUGCUCAGGGAAGGCUCGGCGUCGUCUGGUCAGGCCCCUCGCAAGGUGUUUCCGGGCCGACUCACAGCUCGGCACUGGAUUCGAUUGUUGCCGCUGUUGCCGUCGCGUGA